AUGAUUUCCUUCCGGGGCGCGUUACAGCUUUCUUUUAUCACUUUGUCUCUUGCCCAACCCUAUGGGACUUCAACACUUCAAUGGGGGCCGUGCAACAAGACCGAAGUUCCCAGCGAUGUCCCUGUAGAUUGCAGCGUUCUUAUGGUUCCUCUCGACUACACCGAGCCGGAUUCCGAUGAGAAGUUACAGCUUGACCUUGUUAGGAUUCCUGCCCCUGUGAAACCUUCGAAAGGAAGCAUUCUCUUCGAUUUCGGCGGACCUGGCGGUACUGGACGAGAUGAAAUAGGCAUUAAAACCUUGGCGGAUGAGCUAUUAGCACUUACCGGCCGUCAGUUUGAUCUUAUUGCAUUCGACCCACGCGGCACUCAUGGCUCGAAAAUUCCUAUCCAAUGUUUUGAUAAUGAGUACGACGCUUGGUCAUUCUAUCUGGACGUUAUACCUGCAAAUAGUUCCGACACGGAGUUGGGAAAGCAAUGGGCACGCGCAUCUAUACUUGCCGACGCCUGCCUCAAGGCACAUAAUAAGACAGGAAGCUUGGUUAGUUCUGCCUUUGUGGCAAGAGAUAUGAUGCAAAUCGUAGACGCUCUUGGAGAAGAUGGAAUGUUACGAUACUGGGGUUUCUCAUAUGGCACGACAUUAGGGGCGACUACAGCUGCUAUGUUCCCCGAUAGGAUAGGAAGGAUGAUCCUCGACGGCGUUCAAAACCCGCACGAGUAUUACCAUGCGCAGGCGGAUUUUGAAGAAUUCACAGACGCGGAUGCGGAAUUUUCGGCCAUGUUUACCGGCUGUGUUGAAGCCCGCGAGAACUGUGCGCUGGCUAAAGGUAACAACAAGACGGCCGCCGAGCUCGAACAGACAAUCUGGGAUCUCCUCGGCGCCGUCAAGUAUAACCCGAUUCCUCUCAAAUCAUUCAUGAUCGACUACACCAACGUAAAAUCUCUUCUGGUACAGGGCCUCUACGUUAGUUCCUCUUGGCCGGGUAUUGCUAGUAUACUCAAUGCGAUCAUGACCGAGCAGUACGACAUAGUUAACGACGCUUUCGAGGCUAUACUUCCCACGUCCUCCAUUGAUAUAUUCAAGCAGAGUCAACAACCACAGGCACUUGCUUCCAUCCACUGCAGCGAUAACAUGGUGCGAAGCAAGACAUUUGAUGACUUCGCUCCGGCUAUCCAGCGUCUGUACAACACCAGUAGGAUCAUUGGAGACGGAUUAAUAUUCUUAUACAGCGCCUGCGCGCAAUGGAAGAUCGAGCCAAAAGAGCGAUACACGGGUGACUUCAAUGUCAAGACAAAGAAUCCCGUCCUCUUCAUCGGCAAUACUUUCGACGGGCUCACAUCCCUUGUCUCGGCCAAGAAUGUCAGCUCCACUUUUGAGGGAAGUGCCUUGUUAACGGUCGAUGGUUACGGCCAUUCCUCAUUGGCCGCUCCUUCAGCAUGCACUAUCAGAACGACUUCGGCAUAUUGGGCAAAUGGCACUCUACCUUCUGAAGGAAAGAUCUGUGACUCGGCUCCUUUGUAUUCGGGGAUUACUUGGGAAGAUAUCAUACAGGAGGUAUACGGUAAUACGACGGCUCCAGCUAAACGCCAAGCACCCCGUGUGCCAAAAUUCGGAGGCCCCCUAGCCCCUUCUUUCUUUCCUAGGUAA